UUUUUAAGUAAGGCUUUGAUGCUGCUUUAAAUGAUAUUCUCUUGUGAAGGCUGGGAAGUGUUGUGCAUUUUGGUGUAUGACAAAAUAGCUGUAAAAGCAGGUAUAGUGAUGUAUCUUAAGCUGUGUUUAGUGGUUAUUCCCAGGACUGGCCACCUUAGGCUGUACAGUGUCCUUUCAUGACAUGGCUGAAGACAAAAUAGUUCUUAAGAGAUCUGAAUUUCACCAAAAUGAGGGGGAUGGCAGCACUGUGGCUGAGAAGAUUAGAGCUAAAAAUAAAAAAUUAUCAUUGCAACUUCAUAAAUGGAUUGAAAGAAGAAAGAAACCAGGAUUGGACUUGUUAAUAUAUGUGCCAUCCCGUUCAUUGGAAAUAAAAAACUGCAGGUGGAAGAAGUACUGGAUAGGCAGCAAUUCUGCAGGGUAAUACAGGCAGGCUACAGAAGAGUGUGAUUCUCAAGUGUGACUCCAUGAUACUGUGGAAAAGUGCUAUGGGAUUAGGCGUUCUGGGUGUGCUGCCUUGAAGUGUAGUUCAUCAACUGUAAUCCAACCAUUUGCCACUAUUCAGGAGCCCCUGAGCUGGAAUGUGCCAGGUGGCAGUAGUGCUGUGCCUGGAUGUGGGCCUUACAAUGAGCAGUUCUUCCCCUGGUGAAGAGUCUUCACUUGACCAAGCCAAGAAGAUUAUGACCAAGUUUGUGCAGCGACAGGUUUUUGCUGAGAGUAAAGAUGAAAUUGCUGUAGUUUUGUUUGGCACUAAUGGCACUAGCAAUGGCCUUGCCAGUGAGGAUCAAUACCAAAACAUUACUGUACAUCGGUCACUAAUGCUGCCAGAUUUUGAUCUGCUGGAAGACAUUCAAGAUGUGAUUAAAGCAGGCUCCAAACAAGCAGACUUUUUGGAUGCUGUUAUUGUGUGCAUGGACUUGCUUCAGAAGCAAACAAUAGGAAAGAAAUUUGAGAAGAGACACAUUGAGCUGUUUACAGACCUUUGUAGUCCUGUCAGUGAGGAUCAGCUGGGAAUUAUCAUUGCUAACUUGAAGAAAACAGAAACUUCACUUCAGUUUUUUCUGCCAUUUCCAGUGAGUGCUGAGGAUGAAAGUGGAGCUGCAAGUGCCAGUGUACCUGCUCAUAUGAACAGAAACUCUUUUCCAAUAAAGGGUUUAACUGAACAACAAAAGCAAGGUAUUGAUGUGGUGAAGAAACUCAUGUAUACUUUGGAUGAAGAAGGAGGACUGGAAGAAAUUUAUACUUUCAGAGAGAGCCUGGAACGUCUUUCAAUGUUUAAGAAAAUGGAAAGAAAGCCUAUGCCUUGGCCCUGCCAGCUCACCAUUGGUCCUGAUUUGUCUAUAAGGAUUGUGGCCUACAAAUCAGUCACAGAAGAGAGGGUGAAAAAACUUUGGGCAAUUGUGGAUGCAAAAACCCUCAGAAAAGAAGAUGUGCGAAAAGAAACUGUUUACUGCUUGAAUGAUGAUGAUGAGACAGAGGUUCAGAAAGAUGAUACAAUUCAAGGUUUUCGGUAUGGGAGUGAUAUAGUUCCUUUUUCCAAGGAAGAUGAAGAGCAAAUGAGAUACAAAACAGAAGGAAAGUGUUUUUCUGUUUUGGGAUUCACGAAAUCCUCUCAGAUCCAGAGGCAUUAUUACAUGGGCAACCAGUCUCUGAAGGUCUUUGCAGCAAAACAUGAUAAGGAUGCAGCAGUUGCUUUUUCUGCACUUGUUCGUGCAUUGGACGAGUUGAAAGUGGUGGCUAUAGUGCGCUAUGCUUAUGAUAGAAGAAGCAACCCACAAAUUGGAGUAGCUUUUCCGUAUAUUAAGGACGCAUAUGAGUGUCUCAUCUAUGUGCAGCUACCCUAUAUGGAAGACCUAAGACAGUAUGUAUUUUCGUCCUUGAAAAACAGUAAAAAAUGGGUUCCUACAGAGGAUCAGUUAUCUGCUGUUGACUCACUGAUUGAUUCUAUGAAUUUGGUUCACGAAGAUGGAGAAACUUUUGAGGACCUAUUUAAGCCCAGCAAAAUUCCAAACCCUCAUUUUCAGAGACUAUAUCAGUGUUUGCAGCACAAGGCUUUUCACCCUGAUAAGCCUCUGCCACCAAUAGAGCAGCACCUUUUAGAAAUGCUGGAGAUGCCUCGUGUGGUAAGAGAAAGAUGUCAGGCUCCUCUGGAAAGAGUAAAAGCACUUUUCCCCCUAAAGGAAGUUGGCAAGAAAAAAGAAGAGAAGACUGCACAAGACAUCUUCAAAGACAACGAAGAGGAACCCAGCCUUAAGAAACCAAAAAUUGAAGAUGAGGAAGGGAGUUUUAGCAUUAUGAAACUUGCUGAAGGCAGUAUCACCUCUGUAGGCAGUGUUAACCCAGCAGAAGAUUUCCAGAUUCUGGUGAGGAAGAAAAAUGCUGACUUCAAAGAUGUGAGUCAGCAGUUGAUACACCGCAUUGAUCAGUUCUUGGAAAAUAAAGGUUCACAGUACUACAUGAAAGGGAUCGACUGUAUCAGAGUUUUUAGAGAGGAAGCCAUGAAGCUGUCCAAAGUGCAGUGCUUUAAUGACUUUCUGCGGGCCCUGAAAUCAAAGUUGGAAGAUAAAGCCUUAUCUGAUUUCUGGGAGAUCAUGGUACAAGACAGAAUUUCUUUGAUCACUAAGGAUGAAGCAGAGGAAAGUUCGGUGACAGGUGAAGAGGCUGAGAAGUUCUUGGCUCCAAAAGAACAGAAAAAUGAAACUCUGCCUCCUACAGAUGAAGGUGGUGAUGUUGAUGAUCUGCUGGACAUGAUGUGACUGGUGAUAUAUGGUGACUAUACAAGCAAAGCUUUGGAAGAGAUGUCUCUGUGAGGUGGGGCACAAAAAAAGAUGCUAAUGAGAAGACAGUACGUCCAUCUUUACUUUCUCAAAUGAGAACAGAAAUCCCAGAAAUGUUUCCAGCUGGCAUAAAUGUCAUCUGACUUUCAAAACUAGAACAGAAGAUUGAAAUUGUCUGAAGUACUUGGAAAGUAAUGAUACCUUUAAGGCACCUAUUUUUUUUUUUUUUUUUUUUAAUUUAGAACACUGAAUUUUGCUUUUCCUUUGUAUUGUAUUGUAUUGUAUUUUAGCUAAACACUACUAAAUUCAUUGAGAAUCUGCUCUGGUGCCUGAAAUUCAUGUUACAUUGCCUGGAAAGGAAGACAGAAAUGUCACAGCAAGGUUACAAGGUGAUACUGAAUAUUUAGUGAAGGUAACCCUAUAGGUUUAUUGUUACAGAAGGGAAAAAGUCUCUAUUUUCACGCUUUAAAAAAACCAACCAACUCAAAACAAAUAAACAAAAAACAAGAUAGAGCAAAAAAAACCCAACAAAGCACCAUGAAAACCACCACAGAAGCUUGUGGGAAAAAAUUCUAGGCGAGGGACUCACAUGUUAAUAGUUUGAAAUAUACAUCAGAAUCUAAAGCAGAGCCAAGUGUGGUGAUUUUUCCACACUGUCCCCAGAUCAGUAAUUAUGGUCAUCUCUGUACUGCAGGUUCUCUGUUCUGUCAGCUCAGCAGCAGCCCAAGCUCUCUGUCCCUUUCUGUUACACAUUUUCCUGUUUCAUGUGCUGGGAUUUUUGAUUUUUUAGACUUCUAACUAGUACGGUUACUGUUGGUGCUGCUGGUGCUAAAAGGAAGAAUCAGUUCUAUGUCUAUUUUGUACACUGGUGAGAACUGCUAACCCAGGGCAGAAGAAUCCCUCAAAGCUGUAGACUGACAGCUGUGAUAGAUAAAUGAUAAUAGUUAAUACUGGUAACCAGGAUGGAGUAAUGUCUGCACAGAGCAAUCCAAACUAGUCAAAUACUGCUUGGAAAGAGACAUUCAAGUCUGAUUACAGAGCUGAAGAGACAGUAAUGACACCUUCACACAAGCUUGUCUGUUACAACCAGAUUAAUUCCUUUAAAAGCUGUUCUUUCAUUAUUAUAAAUGUAUAAAUAUACUGCACAAAAUGGCACUGAGACCACAAAAAAAGGAAAAAUCAUGAUCUGUAGUUGCAAAAUAUUAUGGAAUAUUUACACUUUAUACUGGCCAACAGCUCCUGUGUGGGAAAUAGCAAUUGCUUUUUACCCCUGCUUCCUUUUACAGCAACCUACAUUCUCCUCUCUUGAAUCCUAUGCUGAGUGGAAAGCAUUUCUUAAAUGCAGAUGGCGGGGAGCAAAUGAUUUUUGCAGACCUUUAUAGCUUUUGUAUCACCAGAAGAUAUUUUUCUCAACUGUAAAUAUGAAUUAUUUGAUCAGUGUUUUGAAUGUCUUUUAAGACAAACAUAUGAGUUUACUGUCUGGGAGUUUCUUUCACAUGUUUGUUUGUUUAAUAAAAAUAUUUUAAAGGUU